GAUCACCAAGAGUCACCUCUGAGCCACAUCCAGAUUUGCACAUGAGACAAAUCACAGAACCCUGGACUCAAACUUUAAUGCUAUAAUUAGAUGAGAGUUCUGACAUCCUGGGAUGAAGAAUCGAGAUCUAACUGCAGAUUUUUCCAUGUCUGUGAUGAAGCCUCCCACCGUGAUCGGUCAAUUCCACACCCUUUUCUUUGGAUCGGUCCGAAUGUUCUUCCUCGGGGUGUUAGGCUUUGCAGUCUAUGGGAAUGAGGCUUUGCACUUCAGUUGUGAUCCAGACAAGAGAGAAAUAAACCUCAUCUGUUACAAUCAGUUCAGGCCAAUCACUCCACAAGUGUUCUGGGCAUUACAACUAGUGAUUGUCCUGGUUCCUGGAGCUAUUUUUCAUCUUUAUGCUGCAUGUAAAAGCAUCAAUCAAGAAUGCAUUCUUCAAAAGCCCAUCUACACUGUGAUUUAUAUCCUCUCUGUUUUAUUAAGAAUUAGUCUAGAAGCGGUAGCAUUUUGGCUUCAGAUUCACCUCUUUGGUUUCCAAGUAAAACCUCUCUACCUAUGUGAUGCUGUGUCUCUCGGGAAAAAAUUUACUACUAUAAAAUGCAUGGUGCCAGAACACUUUGAGAAGACCAUUUUUCUCAUUGCAAUGUAUACAUUUACUGUAAUUACAAUAGUCUUAUGUGUUGCUGAAAUUUUUGAGAUAAUAUUUAGAAGAUUAUGCGUUCUAAUUAGGCAACGACCAAAAGGUUGAUUACCUACUGUCAUGCCAAAAUUAUUUAUCAACCAUUUUUAUUUAGUUUUAUCUCAUUCAGUGAGUAUCUCAAUUUCAAACAUAAAUAUCUGUUUUUCAAACUAACCUCAGUGUGUCUAAAAUUUAUGUCUAGUAUAAAAUACAAUACUCAGUUCUAAGGCAGAGAUUCUUGAACAAAACUUUUGUUCCAUUUUAAUUUUGUCACACAUUAGGAAAUAUACAUGGAACUAAUGUUAACUCAUUUUUAAAUAGUACUUUUACAGAGUUCUUUCAUACACAACAUCUUAAUCAAUCACAGUAUUUUAUGGCCAGAGAAACUUUUAUUAACUCUUUUACACAGGGUAGAAAAAUGAGGCUCAGGGAGAUUAAUAUAUGCAAUCCUAGGAUUCAGCUUUCCUAACUAUAAAGCCAUUUUCCUUUCCAAUUAACUAUGCAGCAUAAACUUUGAGGAUGUAAUUAUUGUAGUAUUCAUGUAAAAUAUAACUUAUUUAAGUGCAAAAGUUGUCAAUUAAUUAUUAAGAGUUAUUCUAUAAUUUGAUGACUAACUUGAAGAAAUGGAGCACUUACAUUUUUAAUAUUAUACUUAUACCGUUUUCUUGGAAUUUUUAAUAUUAAAUGAUAUGGU